AUGAUUUGUGGCCAGGUUUGCCAACGAAUUGCGACUGCGGGACCCGCCCGCCAAUUUCUGGAGCGGGAGACCAGCAGGUCCGAGCUCUCUUCCCCUUACAAAGCCCUCCGUCGGGCCAGCCGACGCCAAGAGGCGCUCCGCCGGCUGGGCAUUCCGUCGUCGACGGACAGCUGCUCGUAUGAGAGCGGCUGCGGUUCUUCCCGGGAAGGAGACGAGCAGGGCUCGGAAGCGUGGGAGGAGGACCAAACGGGCCCAGAGUCGGCGGCGGCAGACUGGAACUACAUCGCGACGGGACGGACCACGACCAUUGAGCACAGGGGUCCACAGGCAGCUGGAUGA